GGUACCACACCAACUCUCGCUGUAUUUCAACUACGCGACCGUAUUUUUAUUGUAAAACUCACGUGCUUUGUUCAUUCGCGCCGUUUUUCAUAUUACAAUGUGUGUGUGAAUGUGUUAUUUGUAUUUUCAUUAACUGACAAACAUGUUCACAAGGUUUGAUGCAAACAAAUCGACCAAAGGAGCCAGCAAGCUACGAAGAGACCUAAUAAAUGCAGAAAUAGCAAAUUUGCGUGAGUUAUUACCUUUACCACCAUCGACGAGGCAAAGGCUUUCACAACUGCAGCUUAUGGCACUAGUCUGUGUAUAUGUCAGGAAAGCUAAUUAUUUUCAACAAGCAUUCAAAUGCCAUGAUGUGGGAUUGCACCAGUCACCAACACCCAACAUCGGAUUUUCAAAGAAAUUCUUUUUGUUUCAGGCAUUAAACGGCUUUCUGAUGAUGAUGACUCAAAAUGGUAAGCUGUUGUAUAUAUCGGACAAUGCUGCGGAGUACCUGGGACAUUCCAUGGUGAGUGUUUUACAGGAGGACCUCCUAAUCCAUGGAGAUAGUGUAUACGAUAUUAUAGAUAAGCAAGAUCACCAAGCAAUCCAAUGUGAAUUGGGACGGCCAGUAAAUUCAGGAUCAAAUACUAACACUAGUGAAGAAAUUCGUUUAUUUUUAUGUAGAAUGAAUGUUUCUAGAAAUGCAAGAAGACAAAUGAGGUUCGGGGACCAAAAGGUAGUGCUGGUGCAGGGUCGAUACUUGUCGUUUUUGCCAUUAUGCAGUCGAAACGAACCAGUCUUCCUGGCCACCUGUACGCCAGUGGCAAUGCCAGAAACUAGAGAGUGUGUCGUGCAGGGCGCCACCAACGUCUUCACUUCAGUACACUCGAUGGAUAUGCGAUUCAUCCAUAUAGAUAACAACGGCGAAUUCUACUUGGGUUUUCCGCGCGCCGAUCUGCAGGGGGUGUCCUGGUACCGGCUGCUGCAUUGGGAAUGCACGCGUGAGGCCCAGACAAAACACCGGCUGAUCACCCAAUCGGAACAGGAGCGUUCGUGUAUUCUGCUGGCGCAGUUUCAGCGUCGCUCUGGCGAUUGGAUCUGGAUGCAUUGCGUCCUACAAGUCAAAGAAAGCUCCGAAAGCAGUCAACAGCCUGUCAUCGUUUGCACCAACCAAGUACUCAGUGAGGCUGAAGCGGCUGUUAUGCGAACUAACAACUGGCUGUAUCAUUAUUAUUCAGUACAAAAUAAACUACAGUAUGGGCUUGCCUACGACAUUGGACCUCCAUCAAGACUCCUGUACUAUCCAGAGAAUCCACCAGGACAAGAAUUCUCCAGCAGUCACGAGGCCGGAGGAUAUCCCAAUUUAACUGCAAUGCCAGCAUCGAUACAAACACACCUCACGCACCGCUCAACUCACACACACCCUCAUCAUAGUCAACACCACCACCAACAUCGACGUGUAGAUUCCGAACCAGUAGAUUAUUCAUAUAGUAAGAGAAAACCCAAAGAACUUCAAAAUCUCGAAUUAACCAGAGACGCGGAAUCUUCUGAUGUUGAAGGUGGCAGUACGGGACUCCUUAUAAUUUCUCAUAUAACGGAACGGCCGAGAACUCUUCUUAAAGUAGAUCCAAGUGAACUCAUGGAUCAGUGGAAUCCAAGUCCGCCAUGGUCUGACACCUUACAAAAAGUUCCUGAUUUAUGUCAUCAAGAGUUAAGUCCAUACGUGGGAAGUGCACCGCCAACUCCAACAGCAACUCCCAGUACCCAGACUGGCAGUGCUUUUUCGUUUGAUUGGAUGCCGGAACAAUAUGUUCCAUCCAUAACAACUGUGCCUUCUACAGACGAUGCCGAAAGACAAAUAUAUUGGCCUUCUGAACACAGAUUAUUCCCUUUACAGCCUCCUCCAAAAAGGAAUCACCCCCCUUCACGGCGUUCUGAAUCAGCUGACCGUGAUACUCCUUAGUAUUAGCGAACGAUAUAGGCCCAGUGCAAUACUACCGAAUUUAGCUUAUUUAUUUUUAUUCUUUAGAAAUGGUAACGCACUAUAUUGUUAUUGUUCCUAUUCCACAAAUAUUCCAGCGGAAACCUUAGUAAGUAUACAACCAAAGUUACUGGCGUUAUUAACUUUUUCAUUGCUGUUGAAAGUAAUACAAGUUUAGUCGCUAGUCACUUUACAAAAUAAGUAUUUACUCGUAGAACGUCUCAAUUUAUACAUUUUACAACAAAUUUAAUAAAGCAAACAUUAGAACAAUCAAAUACUGUCAAAACCGUGACAACAACAACUUUUUACCAAUGAUUCCUAUGACGUGUUCAUCCAAAAUGGCCAUUGCAAAUAGUUUAAGCAAAUUUAAUAUUUCUCCCAUGGGACACACGGUAGUGUCAUUCUACAAAUGAAAAAUUAUAACAAUCCCCAAUUUUCAAAGUUCUGAAAAGCGGCGCGUCGUUUCAGUGCUACACCGUGCCUCUGUAUGGUGUAGGAUAAUGACAAAAAAUAUUUGGAAUAGUCGCAUGAAAAUGAAAAAGCAAAGUUUUGCACAAUUUUAUUUUUUUCUAGGGCUUGUUUGAUUUCAAAAUCAUGUUAAUUUGACUCUGAAUUUAUUUUAUGAUAAAAUAAAUUAUUAAAAAUGAAAGUUUUGGUAGGUAUAAAUCGAAAGGUGAACCUCAACCCAAAUUUUGUAUAACAGAUUCCUUUUUUUUGCUUUGAUUUCCUCUUAUUUCUUUGAUUUUGUCAUGAUUACCCCAUAUUUCCCUCUGGUUUGCUCAUAAUUUCUCCUAAUUUUCUCAAGAUUUUUCCUGAUUUUCCAACAAAUGAACAAAAAAAUGUACUUGCGUAUGAUUAAUAAUUUCCCCCGAUUUUAACUAAAAUUUUUAAUUUUAAAUUCUUUUAGUUUUCCUAAUUUUGUACACCAAUUUCCUCUAUGGAUUACUCCUCGGGGAGAACCGCAACCCAAAUUUUGUACACCAGAUUUCCUUUUUUGCUUUGAUUUCCUCUUAUUUCUUUGAUUUUGACAUGAUUUCCCCAAGAAUUCUUCUGAUUUUCCCAUAAUUUCUCCUAAUUUAACAACAAAUGAACAAAAAAUCUACCUGCGUAUGUGCAUUUUUCAAUGAUUUCCCCUGAUUUCCUCAUAAUUUCUUUUAGUUUUCCCAAUUUUGUACACCAGAUUUCCUUUUUUGCUUUGAUGUACCCUGAUUCCUUUGAUUUCCUCAAGAUUUUCUCUGAUCUUCUCUGACUUCCUCAUAACAUCCUCUGAUUUAUUCAAUAUUUCCCCUAAUUUGUCAACAAAUGAAUAAAAAACUUACUGGCGUAUGCGCAUUUUUCAGCAACUUCGCUUGAUUUCUUCUGAAUCCUCAAUUUUUUACAUCAAUUUCCUGUGCGAUUUACCCCUAAGUGUAAAUUGUAUUGUAAAAUCCAAUAAAUGAACUAGAAUCCCCACUAAAUAGAGUCCAAUGAGAAAUCGCAAAAAGGAAACAGAUAGUACCUACUAUAAAAUUACAAUACAAUAAAAAACGGACACAUUUACUUCGAAAAUUAGGGAUCGUAAAAUUUUUAUAGGGGCUACAACUGACUUAUAGUAAAGCCAGUAGGUACUUCAGCACACAAUUUUAUUCGAUAAAAUACAUAUGAUUUGCAGAAUCAUAUUUAAAAAAUAAAGUAGUUUGGUAAAUAAAAAAAAAAUUUGAAAAUUGUAUUUCUCAAGUCAAGUCAAGUAGAGAGUACGACAAAGCAAUUCGUUUUUUUUUUAAUUCAAAAACAUUUACAGAAAUGCGAAGCUAUACUACGGUUCACUGCAUACACAAAAACAAAUUGAAACGUUUAACACUAAGAAGACUAUCAAAAUCAUUAAGAAGCAAAUCUUAAUAAAUUUUAAUUUUAAUUUAAACCCAGUAAAAAUUUCAAAAUAAAUACGUAUUGAUACCAUACUCACAUAGAAACAAGCUAGUCUUCACUUUUCUCUUAACGCAGUAAAAAUAUUUUCGCUAACUAAUAAAAAUGACUAAUAAUGAGUUCUCUUGUUCUACUACAAUUAAAAAUAAUAAUAGUGCUAUAGGUAGCCCACAAUCUUUCUUCCAUAAGGAAUGAAAAAUCAGUUAUUGAAGCUACAUUAACUCGCAUAUCGACUGGAAACAUUUGUUAUUAAUUACUAUGAUCGUGGCGGUUAUAGUUUAAGAAACUGCAAAAAAUUUAACGAAAUUUUAAAAAAUAUGAGCAUUCAACAGCAUACUUUUCAUCAUUUUUAAUCGAAGCAAUUUUUUUAUUUCACUUUAGUUUGCCUGCCUUGACAUAUGCUCUGUACAGUAGAUUUUUAAAAUGAAAAAAUAAUUAAAAAGCAACUUUUUAUCAAAUAUCUUUCUUUUUUCAUUUAGAAGAUUUUUUUCAGGGACACAAAAAAUAAGUCAUAAUAGUGAUUAAUAUCAAUAAAAGGAAAUGAUAAAUAAACUUUGGCCGAUGUUAAAGCUCUUAUAAUACUUAUACUGUUAAUUUUUUGAUGUUACAAACUAUUGAAAGUAAACUUUUGUAAAGUGUGAAGUAAAAGGCUGAUUCAUCAGCUAUUAGCUGGGUGACAGUUAUCGCAGGAAAUUAAAUAGAAUCUCAUACAUAAUGCCACUAUUUCUUGUUCAAAAGCAUUGAAUGAUAUAUAAUUCCAAUAUAAUUAAUAUAAUUCCAAAGUAAAAGUAUAACUGUUUAGGCAUCGUGUUUGUCCGUAGUAACAAAAAAUAGGUACUUGCAAACCUGAAAAACUUUUUACUUGAAAUUUUCAGAACAAGAGAACACCAUUAUUUAUGGUCUCAUGGCUGUCACGCGUGGAACUGAAGACUCCUGUUGAAAGUCUGCUACUUCGUUGUUAGCGGUAUUGCCGAUUUUUUAAUGUAUCCGUAAAAUCCAAAUAUUAUAAAAUUAUAUUCCUUAUACUUACCGCUAUAAUUACAAAUUUUAGGGUUGGUAGCAAAGGGCGAAUGGCCCAGUGCUAAAUUUGGAGCAAAUAUUUAACUGUUAAAUGCGAGUACAAAUUUCAAAAAAUUAAAUAUACUUAACUAAAUUGUGCUAAGUGCUGAAACAAAGUAAACACUGCAAGGACAUACUGAAAAUUACAUUUACGUUUUGUAGUUAAUAUUUAUAUGAUUGAAUCCAAAGUAUAAUCAAGUGAUGUGAUAAAAUAAAAUAUAAAUGAUUUAAAUCUGAACAAAUAAGAGUAUUAUAUUUUAUCUUUUAUUCUAUAAGCUAGACAAUUUUGUAUAUAUUAUUUAGUUUAAUUUAUACGAUUCGUAAAUACGAAGUAAAUGAAACUAAAUCGACCAUAAUUUCCACUGAAAUAGUUGUGAUUGAUCACAAAAAUAUUUAUUGGUUAAGUUUAUGUCUAAAGUGAAGGAAACCCAAACUUAGGCAUAAACUAAACGGUGAUGUAAGUUCCUGAAACGUAUGUGUAAGUUAAUGUUAAAGAAGUAUAUCCCGUGUUAAACCUAUAAUAUAAACUACCGCUUUUAACAUUUGCCUCUUUUUUUAAUAAAGAAUUUACUUGAAAUUUGUUAUUAAAGUAUCUUUGUGAUUUAUUUCAUAAAAAAAAUUUAUCUGCGAUUUUGCUAUAUAGGUUUGAAACAGGAUUUAUAGUCGAUAUUAUUGUAUCACGUGUAGUGGCUAAAUUUUGUCCAAAAAGGGAAAUUAAGAGAACUUGUGAACAAUUUAUAUAUUUUUUCUUACAAAAGAUUUAGUCAUUACAUAGUGAAAUAAACUUUAUAGGUUCUGCCUUAUCAGUAUUGUAAAAAUGUCUUGAGGCAUUACACGAGAAGUGUUAAUUUAUUAUGUAACAAUUAAGUAAGACUUUGUAUUAAGAAUAUAUACAAAACAUGUUAAUGUAUCAGUAUUAUUUCUUCCUAUUUCAAACGCAGCAACAAAUUCGUUUAUUUAUGUAAAUAAA